CUACAAAUAUUCUCCUUGAUUGAUACUCCUUAUUUUGCCUGCAACAGUUUUGCUCAUGGCUGUUUUUCCUCCUCCUUUGCACAGCGCAAGUAUGGUGUGGUGCUGGAUGAAAUCAAGCCCAGGGCUUGUCCAGAGCUCCAGGCCGUCCGGAUGUUUGCUGAAUACCUCUCCAAAGAGAGCCAGAGGGAUUCAAUUGUGGCAGAAUUAGAUAAGAAGAUGAGCAAGAGCAUGGAGGUCACGAACACCACCUUCCUGCUGAUGGCGGCUUCGGUCUACUUCCACGACCAGAAUCCUGAUGCAGCGCUGCGGGCCCUUCACCAGGGCGAAAGCUUGGAAUGCAUGGCCAUGACCAUCCAGAUCCUCCUAAAACUGGAUCGCCUGGAUUUGGCCCGAAAAGAGCUUAAGAAGAUGCAGGAGCAAGAUGAGGACUCAACGCUGACGCAGCUGGCCACUGCAUGGGUGAAUCUUGCGAUGGGUGGUGAAAAAUUGCAGGACGCUUAUUACAUCUUCCAGGAGAUGUCGGAGAAGUGGUCCUCCACCCUGCUGCUCCUGAACGGCCAAGCUGCUUGCUACAUGGCUCAGGGCAAGUGGGAAGAUGCCGAAGGGGUGCUGCAAGAGGCUCUUGACAAGGACAGCAGCCAUCCUGAGACCCUGAUCAACUUUGUCGUCCUCUCACAACACCUGGGGAAAACUCCAGAGGUGACCAACCGUUACCUGUCGCAGCUCAAGGAUGCCCAUAAAAGCCAUCCGUUCAUAAAGGAGUACCAAGUUAAGGAGAAUGACUUCGAUCGCCUGGCCUUACAGUACACUCCCUGCGCUUGAUCCCUCAAAUCUACAACAUCUUGAAAAGUUGGAUUCAGCCCAAGGAUCUCGCAGGAAUCCCCUCCUCUGCCCUAGGAGAAACUGGACAUUUCCCUGAGUCGCCCACAAGGCAGCGAAGCAAUCCAGGUUUUCCCCGAUGCUGUUUCUCCAGUGUCUUUGGGCUCCUGUUUUAAAGCAAAGAUCAGGUGGAAUAGAGACUUGGAAACGGCAAACCUUUCAACAUUCCCAAUAAAUCCUCCAUUUGCUUGUGAGACAGUUUCCAAGUU